AUGUAUGUGAAAUGGUUUGAUACAGUAAUGUUUUACUAUGUGAUUUUAGUGAAUGUCACUUUUUGUCAUUUUCAAAUUUCCCGCUGUUCCAUCCCCCGUACGUCCCGACGCUCGCAGGGAACGGAACCCAGAUGACAGAUGCCCGCAUCUGCCGGAUUACAUUGCCGGGAACACUGCAGGAGGGACAUCGUGGGAGCGCAGGACAAGGUAAGUGAUCGAGGGAUCGCGGAGAAGCGCCGCAUGGUAAGCCCGAGUGUAGCUCGGGGUUACCGCUUGUGCUACACUCGGGAAUACCGCCAGGGAGGU